AUGCCACCCAAAAAAUCGGGCGGCGCCGGCAACAAGAAGAAGGCUAAACCCAUCUCGAACCGAGGCUUCGCGACCGUGUCCAUACCCAAGAAGAAGGAACCCGAGCUGGAAGAAACAUCCGAGGGCAGCGCACCCGAAAAUGGAGCCGUGCAGACGAAUGCAGUCGCUUCGACCAGUCAGCUCAAUGGGGUCGGCACGGCCACGGAGACAGCGACGGUGCCGGACGGCGCGGCGGCGGCGACUGAGGAGGCAGAGUGGGAUGCGGAAGAGAUGGAAAAGUUGGAAUGGUCCAGGUUGGCGGACAAGAUCAGGUCCACAGUUGACAAGGAGGUGGCUAGGGUGCUCAAGGUGAGCUUCUCAGUCGCGGAAAACUUGGCCUCCUUUCGGUGUCGGACUGCGUCAACUCAAGCUUUGCCCCUCGUGCAGGUCAUUGACUACGAACGACGACUGUCGAGAUCACUACCUACCUACUUCUGGACCGACCAGGAUCUGGUAGGACAAUUCUCACAUAUCGGACAAGUCCCAAACACGCCGAGCUGACCCCCCUCGAACUUGAUACCCCACCAGCAACGGCGAAUCAUCGAACUAGGCCAGAGCCUCUCCGCUGAAGAGGCCCCACAACCCCUAUACGAGCCCGAGGAUAAAGUCAUCACCAAAAUCGCGACGCUGUGGGGGGUCCUCGAAGGGAUCGGCUUCCGCACCGAACGUAUCGAGGAAUGUCUGACCCAGGCCAAAUCGCUCGAUUUGGAAGAUGCGCUUGAUUGGGUACGUGGCAUCUGUUCUCGAGAGUGAUGUCCAUUUAAACUCAUGCUUUGAAAAAUGGGUGUGUCGUCCCACAGCUCUUCCUCCAUUGUGAUGCCGAAGAAUUGGGAUGCGAAGGACCAAUCGCACCGACCAUCCCACCUGCCGAGCCAUCACUGGAUUCCACAAUUCCAAAAACGGAUUCACUCGAAUCAUCAACUCCGAGACCCACACGAUCUUCUUCACCCACCCCUUCCACCUCCGUCGUCGGGUCCGUAACUCCCAACCAAGAUGACGAAGCGAGGGCCAAUGCCUCCAUUCGCGCUCGAAUUCUAGCCUACGAGACCAACGACGAUGACGACGACGCACAAGAUGGAGAUCAAAAGAGCGAACCCGACCUCGACGAUAUGAAAGAUGACCAAGAUGCCAACACUCGUUACGCGCGCCUCAAACUCCAACUCUCCGAGAUCCAACGAGCCCAAGGCGUUUCCAAGCGUCUCGCCAUAAAACGAAGAACCGGCCCCACAAGGGAGGACGAAUGGAGGGAACACAAAGUCACCGAAUUGAUCAAGAAGAUCGGAGAGAUUGAAGAGGACUACACGUUCAGGAGGGUCGAUGCCGAUUUGAUUUAUCGGGAGGAGAGGACGAAGUUGGAUGCGGCCGUUUUGGCGGAUCGGUUGAACGGAACGAGUUUGGCGACGCCUCCUCAGACGAGUAGCGGGAUCGUGGAGGAGGCGACGUCUGAGGGUCCUGAAACGUCGACCCCAUCGGUCGAGGCGGCCGUCGCUGGACCGACCCUCUCCGCUGAUCCUCCGAGCGUGGAAGAAGGCGACGAAGGAGGCAUGUUCGGUAACCUCCUAGACGAAAUGCCCACGGAAGAAACCUCCGAAGAGACCGGUCAAACGAUCUACGUGCGCGACAUGGGUCUUCCCAAACAUUUCUCCGGCAAGACGCCCAAAACGAACCUCGAAGAAACGGUGCGCAAGAUCGAUAAAUACGCGACAGUCGUCUUUCGUGUCAUCUCAAGAGGUACAAGAGCCUGUCGUGCUUCGGUUACUAUCGCAUGGGGUGAUGGAUCAGGGAGGAAACAACUUUGGAGGAUGGACGACGUCGCGUGUCAUGAUCAUAAACAAGCUUUCGAUUACAUCGCGACCGUCGCUUUGUUCGAAGUCAAUUCGACGAAUGUGCAUAAGCAAUUACCGGCAAUUUUUAGGGACUUGUGGGACGAGUUGGCGGAGAAGAAGAAGGGGGAGGAUGAGGCGAGGUACAGGGAGAGAUUGAAGGUUUGGAAAAGGUUGGCGGAACCGAGGAUGGCGGAACCGCCGAGUAGGGUUCGUUUUCGGAGCUUUGAUGAGGUGUGGAGAGCAAGACGGCUGACUUCUUACUGCGAUGCUUUACAGGACCCAAGGAUUACUCGUAUGCCUUCGUCAGCUGCGCCCGAGGCCAAGAUUCUUCCGGCGUCGUUCACACCGCCCGAGGUGUCGGAGAAGAUUAAGGCGGACUUCGCACAACGGCAAGACUGGCCGGCCUAUCAGGAGAUGCUGGUGAGUACCGAUCGAUGGGUCCAGAUGAUGACAUCGUUCAGUGUCGAGGCACUGAGACCCUCUCAAGAUCGGUUCACUUCUCAGCAACAACGAGCCAAGUUGCCCAUCGCGAACUACCGUUCUUUCAUCAUGAGCACGAUCGAGCAGAACCAAUGCGUCGUUUUGUGCGGUGAGACGGGUUGGUGAGUCCGGAACACUCUCAAAAGAGAGCCUUUGCGACAGUUGAGCUGAUUCUCGUCAGGUAAACUGUCUUGCAGUGGGAAAUCGACGCAGGUGCCUUCCUUCAUCGUCGAGCAUGAUAUGCGCAAAGGAAGGAAUGUCAAGGUUUACUGUACCGAGGUGAGCCGGUUCGGAGUGCACUGUGGUGAUGGUCCAUCUCACUGAUUUGUGGGUCUCGAAUCUUGCUCGCAGCCUCGUCGUAUCUCGGCAAUCUCACUCGCUCAACGCGUCUCAAGCGAAUUGGGUGAAGCUUCCGGUGCCUGUGGAUCACGGUCGUCCUUGGUCGGCUAUUCGAUCCGCUUGGAUUCGGCCAUCUCGGCGUCGAGUCGGAUCGUGUAUGCCACAACGGUGCGUGCUCAAACUUAAAACAGAGUUUUGCACAACCGUAGUGCGGACGCUGACCGAUCCGGAUCGCAUCACAGGGAAUCGUUCUGCGCAUGCUCGAAAGUCGCGAAGCGCUUUCCGACUUGACCCACAUCAUCAUCGAUGAGGUUCACGAGCGAUCGAUCGACAGUGAUUUCUUGCUCAUCGUCUUGCGCGAGAUCUUGGAGGUGCGCAAGGACCUCAAGGUCAUCCUCAUGUCUGCGACAGUCGAGUGAGUGGGAUGCCUCCUUAGACGCACAGCCUCACCAGACCUGACUCGCCCCUGUUGACUCUGUCAUGCAGUGCCGAGAAGAUCGCGUCCUACAUGGGCGAUUGUCCCGUCAUCACCGUCCCAGGCCGCACGUUCCCCGUUACUCCUCACUUCCUCGAGGACGUGAUCGAAUUGACGCAAUACCGACUCACGCCCACCACGGACUCGCAAUACGUUGCGCGAAGCAAACGAUCCUACAAUGGAAGUGGUCGACCUCGGAAGUCCGCCGACGAUGAAGCACCCCCUGAUGAGGACGAGGAACCUGAUCUCCCCGCUGGAGGCUUGAUCAAGACCCUCACGACGCUUUCCAAACAAUCACGCACGACUCUAGAAUGCAUGGACCAACACGUCAUCAACUACGGGCUCAUCACCUUGUUAUUGGAGCAACUCUGUUUCGAAAGACGUGAAUUGAUCCCCUUCUCGAACGCGAUCCUCAUCUUCUUACCCGGUAUCGAAUCGAUCAGGAGGUUGACGGACAUGUUGGAAGGUCACCCCAAGUUUGGUACGAACUCGUUCUUGAUCUUGCCGUUGCAUUCGACGAUCUCGAACGACAACCAAGGUCUGGUGUUCAAUGUCCCGAGGAGGGGAAUUCGGAAGAUCGUCAUUUCUACGUGCGUCCUUUGCGAAUUCAGUGACGUACUGACGAUGGUGAUUGGGGGAACUCACCGAGUUGCGUUGGCGAUCCACAGAAACAUCGCCGAAACGGGUGUCACGAUCCCCGAUAUCACGGCCGUGAUCGAUACAGGCAAACAUCGCGAGAUGCGUUUCGAUGAGAAACGACAGAUCAGUCGAUUGGUCGAGACAUUCGUGGCGCAAUCGAACGCGGCGCAGCGAAGAGGUCGUGCGGGUCGUGUGCAAGAGGGCAUCUGCUUCCAUUUGUUCUCUAAGCAGAGGCAUGAUACAAUCGUCAGUACCGGCGGACGUGUGGUGCGCCUGUGGGUGGUGAUGGCUGACUCUAGCAUAUGAAUGAUCACACAGAUGGCGGAACAUCCUCAACCCGAGAUGCUUCGCCUGUCUUUACAAGACUUAGCCCUGCGCAUCAAAAUCAUGAAGAUCGGCAACGCCUCGAUCGAAGACGUCCUCCUACGCGCUCUCGAUCCUCCUCUCCUCGUCAACAUCCAACGCGCCGUCUUCUCCCUCAUCGAAGCCAAAGCACUCACAAGUACCGAAGAAAUCACCCCUCUUGGUCGGCAUCUCGCCAAACUACCCAUGGACGUCCAUCUAGGAAAGUUCCUGAUCAUGGCGACCAUCUUCAAUUGCCUCGAUGCGGCGUUGACGAUUGCGGCGGCAUUGAAUGCAAAAUCCCCUUGGAUGACACCGUUUGGGAGGGAGGCGGAGGCGGAUGCGGUUAAGCGUGGGUUCAAGGUGGAGAAUAGCGAUUUUUUGACACUGUAUAACGCUUAUUGUUCGUGGAGGGAGGCGUCGGGCAAUGGGUACGAGAGGGAGUUUACAAGGGUGAGUUAAUUCCUCGAUUGGAUUGCUCGUGGUAUUCAGACUGAUGAUGCGUAUUGGCUUGUUCCACACAGAAAAAUUUCCUGAGUCAACAGAAUCUGCAAGAGAUCGAACAAGGACGCCAGCAAUACUUCUCCUUCCUCGUCGACGCGGGCUUCAUAGACAUCUCGGAAGCCGAAAAGCGCGAUCUCGUCUCAACUCGUUACGGUAAAUCACGCACACGAUUCGUACGUGUACCCAACGAACUCGACACCCAUUCCAGAGACCCCAAAGCAGUGAUGGCCUGUCUCGCCGCAUCGAUGUAUCCCAAAUUACUGGUCAUUGAUCCUCAAUCGGGGCAGAUGAAGACCUUGGCGAAGAAUACACCGGCGGCGAUUCAUCCUAGCUCGGUCAAUUUCGCGCCGGGACGAAGGGUCGAUUUCGGGGGGAGUAAGUUUGUGGCGUUCUUUACGGCGAUGCAUACGCAUAAACUAUGUGAGUGGAGGGAACGGGAAAGCGGGCUUAAUUGAUUACUCGGGUUACUAAAUGUUGUUGGUGAUGAGGUGCGCAGACGUCUGGGAGUCGGGAACUGUCGACGAGCGAGCCGUCUACCUGCUGUGCGGAAACGCAGAUACUCAAGUAAGUGAAAUGGGCGAUCCGAGAUUCGUGUCUUGAAACUGAGUCUUGAACUUGGUGGAAACCUCAGCUCGCCGCGCACUCGCUCUCGAUCGACCGCAAGAUCCGCAUCCGCCUCGAGCCGAAAACCUCGAUCGCCAUGCGUCUCCUACGCCAACAAUGGAACUCGUUCUUCCUCGCCAAGAUGAAGAACCCGACGAUGACGACGAGUGAACCGCAUGCGGCGUGGCUCGAUUUGGUCAAGGAGGCUUUGUGCAGUCCUAGGAAGGAUGAGGAUAGUGUCACGGCCGAGAUGAGGAAGAAGAAAGUCGUGGAGCAGAUGAAGUUGAGUGUGAUUAAAAACGCUUGA